AAUGAGCUACUCAUAAGAGUUCUCUCCAUUAUCUAUGAAGGAGGAGAUUUUUUUUUAGAAUGAAACAGAAUCUACAUCUUUAGAAUAAUAAUUACGCAUGGCUAAUGAUAAAGUCCUAUAAUUAAUGCAAUAUUAAUAAUAAUUAAGGUAUUAUUGUCUUAGUAUCUGAGUGAAGAACUAGAACAUUUGCAUUAUAAAUAUAGAGAGACAUAAUAAGAGAAUGAGAUCCUUUCAAAUUAAUUACAUUAAGGUCCAGAUGAAACUAAAUUUCUUAAUUGUGUUCUCGAUAUGGUUCGUGUAUGUCAUCCUUAAGAUAAACCUAUUACUCUGAAAUAUGCAUGGAAAUGGUUAAAAUAUGUUGUUGAUGAUUAUAUUGAAUUAAGAAAAAGAAAUAAAAGUGCUAAUACAUAAAGUGAAGUUUUCAAUAAUCCUAAAAAGAAUUCAAUUAUAGUUGGUGAUUUAUUAAAAAAGAAUUGUUAAGUUGCUGAAAGCUAAUAUAUAAAAAAUUCAAAAUGCCAUAAUUGA